CCGAGCAAUUUUUGAAUCCAUUAUUACAUUCAUUUUAAUACAUAUACUAAUAAAAUAAAGAUUGUAUAUUGCUUAAUUUUUUGAGUAAUAAAUUUAAACCCACGAACCACAUCACUGAGAUCGACCCGUCAAAUUUCUUCAGUCUGGCCGGCACGCUCGUCGGAAUCAUCUUUGCAAAUUCUAUGAAGCGAUCUAAGGAUCCUUUUGAAGCUGCUUUUGAGGAGCAGGAUGACUCACCCCCUGAAUCCCCUGUUGGCACCGAUGAGAAUGAAGGCCAAGAUCAAGGUGCAGUUGGUGUUAAUGAGCAUGGAGGUGACGAUGUUAAUACUGAUUCUCGUGAAAAACCUUCAACAUCUAAAGCUACAUCAGUCUCUGAUGGUACUGCUGGUCCAAUUAGCAAGCCCAAAGAGGAAGUUGAGGAGGAAGAGGAAGAAAGCAUGGAUGUGCAGUUAGGAAAACUCUCUUCAAGUAGUGAUCCUGACAAACUGGCGAAGAUGCAGUCCAUCUUAUCCCAAUUUACAGAGGAGCAAAUGACUAGAUAUGAAUCUUUUAGGAGAUCUGGAUUUCAGAAAUCCAACAUGAAGCGGUUGCUGACCAGCAUCACAGGAAGUGCAAAAAUAUCUAUUCCUAUGACUAUUGUUGUGUCUGGGAUAGCAAAAAUGUUUGUCGGUGAGCUUAUUGAAACAGCUAAAAUGGUGAUGUCAGAGAGAAAAGAUACAGGGCCAAUCAGGCCAUGCCACAUAAGAGAAUCAUAUAGAAGGCUAAAACUUGAAGGCAAGAUUCCGAAAAAAUCAGUGCCAAGGCUUUUCCGAUAGUGAUGUGGAAGGAACCUGUAGUUUUAUUUCAGAUUUGUAGCAGUCAAGCCACUUCCCUUGCAGAAAGGCAUAGGAUGAACUUGUAAAUCUUGGACGAAAAGCUUGGAUGAGGCGUUUAGGUUUCCUGCCGCCAAAUAUUACCUUUACAAGGUGAAGCUUUGGCUUCUCUUUGAGAUGCUGGGGUUCGUUCAUAGAAGUUAAUUUCGAGAGCAUUCAGCCACCAUGAGAAGAGAGCUCUCACCUUGACGGGGAAUGAAUGUAGUUAAGGCAGGAUUGGCAGGACGAAGAUCUAGAAUGAAUGUAGUUAAGGCAGGAUUGGCAGGACGAAGAUCCGGAAUGAAUGUAGCUUAACUCUGUAGUUCAAAGUGUUGGUACAUUGAGUUGCAGUUGUUGCUUUCAUUUUUUCCCUUUUUCAGAAGGGCAUACUUGGGAUACAUGAAAUUAUGAAAAAUAGUAGAAAAUGCUAGAAUGUCGAGAAAAGAGAUGGGUUAAUGACCAAAUCUUUAACCAAUUGGACAAAGAUAAAGUUUAAUAGAAGUGGACCCUUUUAUUUCACAGAAAUCAAAUUGUUUCUAUCAAA